GAGGAGUGAGGUGGUUAUGUAAGCCUACUUAAGAAAUAAACGACUCGUUUUACAUGAAAGUGGUGUCUUGGCCACUGCCAACGGAGAUACGUUUCGACGGCCGUUGUUUUUCACUCUGAUUCUGCAUUUUCCUGCCAUCCAUUCCUAAAUUUCCUUUCUCAUUUGAUAGAUCCACCCCCCCAGAAAAAAGAAAAUGGUUUCUCCAGCCGCAAUCCAAAGAUCCCCCACCACCACAUCCUCCUCCCCUCUCCACCGUCUCUCCACUUUCAAACCCCCUCCUGCUUCUUCCACCGCCGCUUCUCCUCAUCCUCCUCCUCCCCCAUCUUCCGUUCUUGACUCUUUCGCCAAAGAUCCAAUCCUUUCCCCCUUCCUUUCCCCUUCUUUUUCUUCCACCUCCUUCUCCUCUGCCGCACUGUCCUCAGGAUCCCCUGCUUCCACCGCCGAACACCUCCUCCAAGCCAUCCGCCAACUCGAUUCCCAAAUCCGUUCCCACGUCCUUUCCAACCACCCUCUCCUCCUCACACAGUUAUCUUCUCUUAACAACGCUGAGAUUUCCCUCUCCACUCUUAGAUCCUCCAUCUCUUCUCUUCAAUCUUCGGUUCGUCGUGUCCGAUCUGAGCUCUCUGAACCCCAUAAUUCAAUCCUCUCCAAAACUGUCCAGCUCUCCAAUUUGCAUAGGACUUCCGAGCUUCUCUCCCACUCCAUACGUGCUAUUCGCCUUUCCAAAAAGCUACGGGACCUUAUGGCUUCUGCUGAAGCUGAGCCUGAUAAGUUGGAUCUUGCUAAGGCUGCUCAGUUGCAUACUGAUAUCUUGACCUUGUACGAGGAAUAUGAUCUUGGCGGUAUUGAUAUGAUCGACGAGGAAAUCAACGCGGUCAAAGAGAUAGGGACUAAGUUAAGAAGUGAAGCUAUGAAAGUUUUGGAAAAGGGGAUGGAAGGGUUGAAUCAGGCUGAAGUGGGAACUGGGUUGCAAGUGUUUUACAAUCUUGGGGAGUUGAGAGCGACGGUGGAGCAAUUGGUGAGUAAAUAUAAGGGAAUGGGUGUGAAGAGUGUGAGUGUGGCGUUGGAUAUGAAGGCCAUUUCAGCUGGUGGUGGAGGUGGCGGAUUUGGUCCUGGAGGUAUUAGAGGGAGUGGAACACCACAGAUUGGGGGCAGUGGGAAGGCAAGAGAGGCGUUGUGGCAGAGGAUGGGAAGUUGUAUGGAUCAGUUGCAUUCGAUAGUGGUCGCAAUUUGGCAUUUGCAGAGGGUUUUGUCUAAGAAGAGAGACCCUUUUACACAUGUCUUGCUGCUUGAUGAAGUCAUUAAGGAGGGUGAUCCCAUGCCAACUGAUCGAGUUUGGGAAGCUCUUGUUAAGGCUUUUGCUACUCAAAUGAAGUCUGCUUUUACUGCAUCAAGUUUUGUCAAAGAGAUAUUCACAAAUGGUUAUCCGAAGCUCUACUCUAUGAUGGAAAACCUUCUUGAUGGAAUUUCACAUGACACUGAUGUCAAGGGGGUGUUACCAGCUAUAACUUUAGAAGGAAAAGCCCAAAUGGUUGCAGCUAUUGAAACAUUCCAGAUGGCUUUCUUAGGUAGCUGCUUAAGCCGGCUGUCAGAUAUUGUUAAUUCUGUUUUUCCAGUCUCCAGCCGUGGUAGUGUUCCCUCCAAGGAACAGAUCUCUAGAAUUCUUUCUCGCAUUCAGGAAGAGAUCGAAGCUGUGCAGUUGGAUGCUCGAUUAACGCUUCUUGUGCUGCGUGAAAUUAGUAAAGUUUUGCUGCUGAUUGCAGAACGAGCUGAAUAUCUGAUAUCCACUGGUCCUGAAGCACGCCAAGUAUCUGGUCCUGCUACGGCAGCUCAGGUCAAGAAUUUUGCAUUAUGUCAGCAUCUACAAGAAAUUCAUACUCGCGUAACUUCUAUGAUUAUGGGGCUUCCAACUAUAGCUGCAGAUGUAUUGUCACCUUCACUUGGUGCAAUAUAUGGCGUUGCUUGUGAUUCUAUAACAUCCUUGUUCCAGGCAAUGAUUGAUCGUCUGGAGUCUUGCAUCUUGCAAAUCCAUGACCAGAACUUUUCUGCCCUUGGCAUGGAUGCUGCUAUGGACAACAAUGCUUCGCCUUACAUGGAGGAGUUGCAAAAGUGCAUUCUUCACUUUCGUCGUGAGUUCCUAUCAAGGCUGUUGCCAUCUUCAGCCAACGCUACAACUGCAGGAACAGAAACCAUAUGCACUAGGCUUGUUAGGAGCAUGGCUUCAAGGGUUUUGAUACUCUUUAUCAGGCAUGCUUCUCUUGUCAGACCCCUUUCAGAAUCAGGCAAGCUGAGAAUGGCCAGAGACAUGGCUGAGCUAGAAUUAGCUGUGGGCCAGAAUUUGUUCCCUGUAGAACAACUAGGUGCACCAUACCGAGCUCUUAGAGCAUUCCGACCGCUUAUCUUCUUGGAAACGUCUCAACUGGGAGCAUCUCCUCUUCUCCAAGAUUUACCUCCAAGUGUUAUACUUCAUCAUCUUUAUUCCCGAGGCCCUGAUGACUUGCAAUCACCACUCCAGAGGAACAAGCUUACUCAUUUGCAAUAUUCAUUGUGGCUGGAUUCUCAAGGGGAAGAUCAGAUCUGGAAAGGAAUCAAGGCAACUCUAGAUGAUUAUGCUACAAAGGUUAGGGUUAGGGGAGACAAGGAGUUCAGUCCUGUGUAUCCUCUUAUGCUUCGAUUAGGCUCAUCGUUGAGUGAAACUGCAGCUGCAUCUCAAAAAUGACCAAUCGUCUUCAAUGCUUCGUGUAAACUAUAAAUCAACGAGCAGUGGCCAUGUUUUUGCCUUAAAUCAAAAUAUUGCACAAUGAGCAUCUAUGGAAAAAAGCUUCAAAAGUGUUGCUAGAUCUACUUCAAACCUUUAGGUAAGCAUGGUUUCAUCAACAUAACUAGGAUUUUUUUGUAGUUGUGAUGAACUGACAAUUUGCUUAUCUUCUCACUUGGAAAUAAAGGGAUCGAUGGCUACAUUGAGCUUUUGGCAGAUUACGGAGCUGGUUGUAGUUGAAUGCCCUCAACUCGACCUUUUCAAGUUUUUUAAAUUUUGUUGUCGCAAUGUUCAUUAGUGGUUUCAAUUUAUACAUCAUUUUGUCAUAUGGUACAGUUCCCUCCCAGGUUUUUCUCAUUACUUUUAGACCACAUUUUGACAAACUUAUUAUAUGAAUAAUAUCUAUUCUUUGUUUUUGUGCAAAA